GGCCCUCCUCACCUACCGCAGCUUCUUCGCGGCGCCAUCAUCCUCCCUGUCCGUCUGAUUUUCUAUCAGGUUGCUCGACCGUCGUCAAUAUAAUCCGUGUCAACAAAUUUUAAUCUUGGUUCAUAAGUAAAGAACAGAAAAGGAAAACCUAGAUGUCUAUAAUUAUACGUACAUCAAAUCUAAUGAUUUUAGGUACAUAUUUUCUGUUUGCCAUUGCAAAAUCUAAUCACGUGAAUUUUAUAGUUCCAAUCGGGGCUAUGUCUAUGUACUCUUAUUUUUGUCCAGAACCCUUAUGUAAGGGGAAGUGGAAAGAAAUGGAUUGGCACACUGCUGGAUGGAUCUUCCUCAAUACGUUUAUCGAUCGCCGCCGCCGACGACGGAGGAGCAGCACCUCUCGUCUGUCCACCGCUGACCGCUCGUUUGUCAGCCUAGCACCGGGGUGCAUGAACGCCCAGUAUAUGCUACAGCACCGCCGCCCCUGGCCCUGCCGCCUGCGCCGCUCGUUGCCCUGUGCACUCCGCGGGCCUCGGGAAUGGCCAACCAGGACAUUUAUCGUCUUAUUCCUUGCCGAGGGGAGUCCUGCUCCAGUAGUGGUCUCAGAAGGGGCAAAUACCAUGGAUGUUGGUAGGCCUGUGCUUGUGCAGAAUGCACCAAGGACAAGACUGGAUGCAGGGACAUGGGGGACGAUGGGGAUUGGAUUGGGGUACUGUAUUGCAGCUGCAGUAGCUGAACCUGAAUGACUCGUGGUUGCUGUGGAGGGCGAUUCUGGAUUUGGCUUCAGUGCAAUGGAGGUUGAGGUGAACAGGGGCUUCAACAGUGAUGCUGUUUUAGCAAUGGAGACGAUCCAUUCCCUGUCAGCUUCAAAAUCAAGUUACCCAAUGGCUGAUCUCACCCAACUCUUCAUGACAGCUACCCAAGAAGGGAAAAGAUCAGAAUCGCAAGGCCAGAUUCUUAGGGUGGAAUGUUAUAGCUUAAUGCCCUAAUCUUUAUAUGCCUCUUCUUAUAUCUGCACUUCCAUGGGCACUGGGCGACACUAAAUUCACAAGAUACCCCCUCCACCUCAAGGUGUAAGACCAUAGCUUCCAUCGCUCUUUACGUUAUGUAAUAUAUUUGUAGUA